CUGUCAAAAGACUGACCCAUCCGUCUCAUACAGAGAAUGAAGAGCCAGCACUCUCACAGAGCUCAGUGCAUGAUUGGGAACAUAUGAGCGCCCUUAUGUGUGCUGACUACUAGGGUGUAACUCCCAGAAUUUCAGUGACUGAAGAUCAUGAGAACAAAGAGAAGCCACCCAAAAGGAAAAAGAGCAUUUGACUGAAUAACACAUCAUGGCUGGAAAGACGUGUCUCCUACUGCUCCUAUGUCUACCGGUCGUCCUCCUUAAACCUGCAGAAGAUGUUUUUGUGACUCAAAACGACGCUAAUGGCAUUUUAAGGAGGUGGAAACGUGCAAAUAGUGCAUUUGAAGAGUUCAAAAAAGGGAACCUGGAAAGAGAGUGCUACGAGGAACGCUGCAGCCACGAGGAAGCUCGGGAAGUGUUUGAGGAUGAAGAGAAAACUAGAGAAUUUUGGAGCAAGUAUGUGGAUGGUGACCAGUGUGGGUCUAAUCCUUGUCAAUAUGGCGGGUCAUGCAAAGAUGGAAUUGGUGAAUUCACUUGUCUCUGCAAUUCUGGUUUUGAGGGCAAAACUUGUGAAAUAGUUGUACUAAAGAUGUGCAGUCUGAACAAUGGCGGCUGCGACCAGUACUGCAAGGUAGAAAACCGAGAUGUUGUCUGUUUAUGUACCACUGGAUAUGUGCUAGGAGAUGAUGGAAAAUCCUGUGUUGCAACUGAAAAAUAUCCCUGCGGAAGAAGAGCGGGCUUCAGAUUCAAGAGGUCAGUAAGUGAGGAAGUGGACAGUACAAACCACACAGCUGGUUCAAAGAUAAGCAACUCUCCUGCAAGUCACGCUGACUCCACAUCCCCCGAAAAAAACCUCCAGGCUGAAGACAGACUUCCUGAUGCAUCUUUAUCUGAAUUAGACUACGACUACAACCCAAAUGAGAGGAUUGUGGGUGGCACAGAUUGCAAAUUUGGAGAAUGCCCAUGGCAGGCUGUCCUGUUCAGUGAAGAUGAUGAGCCAUUCUGUGGAGGAACGAUCCUGUCCAGUCAGUUUAUCCUCACAGCAGCCCACUGCAUGAACCAGACAAAGUACUUUAAAGUUAUCGUAGGAGAAAUAAAUACACGUAAGAAGGAUGGUACUGAAUCAAUACACAAGGUGGAUAAGAUAAUUAUACACCCUAAAUUUGUCAGGUUGACCUAUGACUUUGACAUAGCUGUGGUAAAACUGAAAGAUGCCAUAAACUUCACUGAUAACAUCAUACCGGCAUGCCUCCCUGAUCCUGAUUUUGCUGAACAAGUCCUGAUGAAUGAGAGGCAGGCAAUGGUGAGCGGUUUCGGACGUCUUCAUGAAAGAGGGCUUCAGGCCACAAAACUUCAGAUGCUUCACGUACCCUACAUUAGUAGGCAAACAUGCAAAGAAUCCAGUAAGUUCACAAUCACAGAAAACAUGUUUUGUGCUGGCUAUGACAAGGAGGUGAAAGAUGCUUGUCAGGGAGACAGCGGUGGUCCACAUGUCACCCCAUACAAAGACACCUAUUUUGUGACAGGAAUUGUUAGUUGGGGAGAAGGUUGUGCACAACAAGGCAAAUAUGGUGUGUACACAAAAGUAUCCAAAUUAAAUAAAUGGCUUAAAGGUGUAUUGAAAAGACACCAGUGAUUUCCCAAAAACCCCAGCUACCCCUCAGCUUCGUUGAAGCUUUACCAAUAUACUCCACCAAAUAACAAGUCAAUAUGCUACAAUUUAUUAAAACACUUUCUUGAUGGUUCAGUAGUUGUAAGGUCUGGCAACUAACACAUAAUUUUUAUGUAUUUCUGUGGUCCAAAUAUUCUCAUAAUUCAAGUCUUUACCUAAUUGGAAAGUAAUAAUUGUACUAGUUCAGAUUUUUUGGCUAUGAGCCUACAGCCCCAAACCUCAUUUUAGUGCAUUGCUUAGCAUACCUAAUACGAAAGAAACAGAAGCAACGAAGUAUAAUCAGUCCUAGACCUUCUGGCAAUGUCAGCUCUAGCAAUAUGGUUGUUUAUUAAUACUAAUAAGCAUGGAUCACUGUUUGCUUUUGCAUUAUCUUGGCAAUUCAGUAAUAUUGAAAUAUAUGGACAGCAUUAAUAAAGUUUACUUACUACA